AUGACAGUCGUUCGUCUAGAAAAUGUCUUUUUAAAGAAUGUACUAUUCUAUCUAGAAACAUUAGAUGAUGUGUGUAAUUUUAAUCAAAUAAAUAAAAAAUGUGGAGAAGCAAUAGCAACAGUGUUCAUUAAUCCAUUCAAAUUAAGCCAAUUUUACACAUUCAGUCAAAUUAAUAAAAUAUUUCCAGUACUUCAAACGUAUUAUUGUGCAAAAUCUUUCUGUACACCAAAAAUGAUAGAAGCACGUAAUAUGCCAUUAAUGGAGAUUGGAGCAUGGGAUAAAGGAUUACCUACAACAGUCUUCUCAACAAAAUGGUUUGCAGAAAAAGUUAGAAAAGUAAGAAUAACUCAACCUAUUAUUCACUCCUUUAUUAAAGGAAUUAACAAUUAUACAAAUCUUAUUCAUCUAACGAUAGAAAUUGAAUACAAACAAGUUAGUAUAGUAGAAAAGAUAGUUGAAAUUAAAUCACUACAAAAAAUUAUCAUUUAUUCAAAUUCAUUCUAUAUUCUCAGUUUAGCUCAAAGAGAGUUCAUUUCAAUACAAUCAAAAGCACAACUAUACCUUAUUAAAACAAAAAAUCAACCAAGAUAUGAUCUUAGUAAUGAUAAAAUUGAUAAGUCAUAUCCAAAUAUUCAUUUUUAUUCAGGAAAUAUAGAAGUACCAAAAGAUGAGUAUUUGAAUGUUAGUCAAUAUUCAUUCACUAUUAAUACAAAAAAUAAAGGUUUCUCAUUAAUUUCACACGAAUCUUCAUUACUAAAUACAGACAGUUUGAAACAAACAGCAAGUAUAAUAGAAAAGUAUGAAAUUUCUAAACUCUUUUUCUGUCAUCAAGGCAGAACAUCAGUUGAAACAAAUUUAAGUAUGUUUAUGAAUGUCACUGAAAUCUCAUUAGAUAAAGUUAAGAACAAACUAACAUUACCACUCUCGGUGAAAAGAUUAAAUAUGAAGCAAUGCAAAGUUUGUUUUGUUAAUAAUGGAGUUCGAUUAAAAGAAAUUCGAGGAUCUAAAGGGUGCUCUGUUAGUGGAGAGAUUUGUAUUGAUGAUUUAAAAGUAUUUUCAUUUGAUAGUAGUCGUAUUGAUAUGUCUUGGAUUGAACAUGGAAAAACAAAGAGAGUUGGUAUUGAUAUUCGAUUAGAUGUUUUUGUGUUAAACAACACAUACUUGUCUGGACCUAGCAGUUUAUCAGAUGAGGAAAAGUAUGUUAACCGUGUGAGUGUCAAAAGAGGAAAAAGUCUAAUAUUAAGCAAGUUGGACAAUCAACUAACCAUUGACCUACAUAAAUUUAACUUCAGAGUGGUUGAGAUCAUUAGUUGUGAUAUUAAUGAAUUAUUGAUUGGAAAUGUUAUUUGCACAUUAACUUUCAAACCAGAGAUAAUUAGUUUUUGGGGUAGAGGAGAAGAGAGGCUAGUGAAAAUUAAAAAAUUACGGUGUGGUACAAUUGGUAAAAUACAAGGAGAAGAAUAUUUAGAUUGCAAGAAUUUUUAUUACAAGGGGACUGAAAUAAUAAUUAGCGAAGAAGAGAAAAACUGA